AUGCUUCGCAGCCAGAGUAUCUCCAGCUUUACGGAGAAGAAGAAGCCAAACUUCUUCACUGCGCUCCGGACCAGAAAACUGUCCAAGGAUCUCAAUGGUGUUUUGAAGGCACGUCCCCUUAGCCAGUCGUCGCUGCUGAUGAAUUUGAGCCUGAACGUCGACAAGCGUCACUCAGUGCUUCUUCUGCCUACGGAAGAUAAGGAAAACAACGUUCCUCAGUUGCGCAAACAUUCAAGUGCCUCCAACUUGAAAGACUCCAGAAGAAACUCAAUGAUGGUGAGACCACGGAUCUCGGGCCCUGUUGAACGGGCGCCCUUGAGUCCCCCAUCGGACAAUGCCUCUUUCGAGACGGACGUGCUGGACAGAUUUUCUCCUUAUACCCCUUCUGCUCCACAAAUGCCCGAUACUGUUGAUUUUGCUCCGAUCUACAACGAGCCAUUCGACUGGGACGACGAGCCUUGCAGCCCUUCCAAGCUACAUCGCACAACUAACAUGAACAAUAUCAAUGACUUCAUCAAGUCUGUGGAUUCCCUGCUUUUGCCUAUCUGCAAUCGCGCCAGUCUUGAAUUUGAGGCCAACGAAAUAGACCUUUUGCACAAGAAACUCAAGCUGGACCAACUUGAGUUGAAGUUGGUGGAGAACGCCAUGUUCUUGCAGUUCUUUGAAGAAGAGCACCGUAAAGAGUACCAGAUGAGCGCCCGUUUCUGGGACGAUAUAGACAUGUCAGACGCGCUCAAGAAUGAGCCUUACAGCGAAGACGACGAUCUUCAUUUGUACAUAUAG